AUGGCUUCAACACAACAAUGUCUUGCCUCGCUGGCAAGGCUUAGCCUGUCGACUCCCACCAGAGCUGCUCUUCCGACAAUACCCAAGUUCCUCGUCCCGUCGGUGGUCGGCGCAUCGCAGGUUCGAUAUGCGACACACAACUCCAACAAGGGCGGAGCCAAGAAGGCCCCCAAGAAGAAGAAGCAGUACAAGUUCUUCAAGUCAUGGGACAUGACCGGCAUCCAGCAGUUUUCUCUGUGUGAUGCUAUGCGCUACCUCCGCGCCGCCGAGGUCGGCCAACCCCCGCUCUCCGUCAAGUACGAACUGCACGUCAAGCUCCGGACAAAAAAGGGCGGCGCCGUGGUGCGCGACCGCGUCCGCCUACCGACGCCCGUCAAGACCGACACGCGUAUCGCCGUCAUCUGCCCCGAGGGCAGCGAGUUGCAGGAGGAGGCCAAGCGUCUGGGAGCCGUGUUGGCGGGCGAGGAGACCUUGUUCGAGGCGAUCCGGUCGGGCAACUUCAUCUUCAACAAGCUGCUGUGCCACACGGAGAGCGAGGGCGCGCUCCGCAAGGCCAACGUCGGCAAGCUGCUCGGUCCCAAGGGCCUGAUGCCUAGCGGCAAGACCAAGACCAUCACCAACAACCUCGAGGCCACCUUCCGGGACAUGAUCGGCAUGGAUGAGUACAGGGAGAGGAUGGGUGUCGUGCGCAUGGCCGUUGGUCAGCUCGGUUUUACCCCCAAGCAGCUGGGCGAGAACAUCCGUGCCUUCAUGACCAAGCUCAAGGCCGAUAUCAGCAAGAUUGAUGAUAGCACACCCAAGAUGGUGGAGGAGGUCGUUCUUAGCACGACCCAUGGUCCUGGGUUGAGUCUGAAUGCCGAGUUUGCCCCUACCGACGACAAGAUCAAGCCCGAGGAUUUGGAGGCGGUCAUGUAA